AAAACAGAGUUAUUUUCUCAUAAGACUUACUGACGGUUAUGAGCAAACUCGCAAACAUUUUCUCAUGCUUAAACAUCUGCCCAAUAUAAAAAUGUUUUCAAUACCUUGCUCAUGAUGAACAUCAACAGACAAUGAAGCCUCAUGCUCAAACUGAUCUCUGCGAGGAAUGAAUGAUAACUAUUCCUCCAUUAUCCAUAUUCUACUGCUAAUCUCUAUUUAAUUCAUCUUUGUUUCACUAAUUCCUCUAAUGACAACCAUUUGGAAACCUAAUUAUUCUGAAUAAAUAAUACUUGAUGCAUAAACAUGCAUACAACUAACUCAACUUUUAAUAUUACCAUCAGAAAUAGUCUUUCUUAUAUAUAGUUGUUUAGAAAAACUUAGCGUUGUACAUAAACGAAGUCUUCUUACAAGAAAGUCAAGACAAGACAAACUGAAAAGUAGAAAAACUGUUCAAGAGGAAGAAGCCAAGCCAAGCAAAGAAAAAUCUUAUCUUUGGGGGGUUUUGAGAAAACGAUGGAUAGGCUUGACGGUCCACCACGGCUCAUACUAGUCACUGAUCUUGAUUGCACUUUGGUUGAUCACGAUGACCCUGAAAACACCGAUCUCCUUAGAUUCAAUGCGCUAUGGGAAGCUCACUACCGCCAUGAUUCACUCCUUGUUUACUGCACCGGAAGGUCCAUGCGUUCUUACUUGAGUCUAAGAAACAAGAAGCCAUUGUUGACUCCGGACAUCGCCAUUACUUCUGUCGGUUCUCAGAUUGCUUACGGCGGUGGCGAGUCGAUGGUGUCGGAUGAUGUUUGGGUGGCUCGUAUGGGUGAAAUGUGGAACAGAGACAUUGUCGUCGAGGAAACUUCCAAGUUCCCUCAACUUGAACCGCAGCCAGAUAAGAGCCAAGAGCAGCACAAAGUGAGUUUCUUUGUGGGAAGAGAACAUGCUUUGGAAAUAAUGAAGGUUCUUCCAGAGAGAUUAUUGGAGCGUGGGGUGGAUGUGAAGCUGGUCUAUAGCAACGACUAUGCUUUCGAUGUUCUACCAAAAGGAUCUGGCAAAGGAGGGGCUCUGACUUAUCUACUUGAAAAGCUGGAGAGUGAAGGGAAGCAGCCUUCUAACAUACUUGUUUGUGGUGACUCUGGAAACGAUGCUGAGCUCUUCAAUGUUCCUCAAGCAUAUGGUGUAAUGGUUAGCAAUUCGCACAAAGAACUAUUGCAAUGGCACGAAGAGAAUGCAAAGGAUAACCCAAAGAUAAUCCUUGCGUCCGAGAGAUGUGGAGCUGGAAUGAUAGAAGCCUUGCAGAGGUUUAAUCUGGGACCAAACGUCUCUCCAAGAGAUGGUUUGGAUACUGAGAACUUCCACGUGGAAGUUUUGGAUACUGCUCAUGAGGUGGUUCAGUUUUAUUUGCUUUACGAGAAAUGGCGCUGUGGUGAGGUGGAGAAGUCUGAUAAGUACUUGCAGAACUUGAAAUCGCUCUCUAGUCCACUUGGUAUGUUUGUUCAUCCGUCUGGAGUUGAGAAGCCUAUACACGAGUGGAUAGAUGAUUUGGUUAAUUUACAUGGGGAAGGGAAGGAGAAGCAGUUUCGCAUUUGGCUGGAUAGAGUUUCGUCUUCUCUUAUCAGCCCAGAAACAUGGAUUGUGAAAUUUGACAAGCAUGAGUUAUCUGAUGGAAAAGUGCGGUCAUGUUCAACAAGAGUCUUACUAAGUUGUCAGGAGGAAAAGGAAAAGCUGACGUGGAUGCACAUCCAACAAUCAUGGUUAGAUGGUUCCUGUUCAGAUGAUCAAGACAAAUGGAUAUUCUGAAACUGGACUGAUAUAUUAAGCUGAUACUUCACCUGUUUGGGACAAGAACUAACCAGAAGAGCACAGUGUAUGUGUGUUGUGUUAUGUAUUGGCCUUCACUGAUACUCUUUUUACAUAUCUUGAAAAGUAAUAAAUAAGGGAAGAUUGUACCUGAACUGGUCUGUAUUUGAUCAUAAUUGGUUUGUCUAUGACCUUCUGGGGGCAGGGAGGGUUUUUGGGGUCUCUACAACAAAACCCUACAUUUAUUUAUUUAUUUCAUGUAAUCUGCUAACUCUUGAUUUGCUUCAUUGUUCGUGUGUUGAUUGUUGUCUUCAUGACACUGAUUAAGAAAGAAUUUGUGUAUGA